AUGAAAUCCAAAACUGCUGCAGAAUUAAAGCUUCUCAGUUUCUGGAUCUGCCCAUGGUGGGACAGCAGGGAUGGGGAAGUCGGUACCACUCUCUCGAGUCAGUUUGCUAAGAGGAGAGAAGGGUUGCACCCAGUGGUGCCAGGAGCCUCAGGCUUGGACCAUACCCGUGGCCGAAGGACAAGUCUGCCUGAUUGUCCUCUCCUUUCCUUACCUUCAGCACCAAGGAGUUUCCGGUCCCGGUACAGAUCAGUGAGGAAGAGGCUAUUGACAAGUGUAGAUUUGCCCAGGCCAGACUCUCCUGAGAGGAGAGAGGACACAGGCACCAAAUCAGAAGGGCUCCCUGCCCACUGGGUCCCCGGUCACUCUGUCCAGGUGCACAAGCUUCUCAUCGUGGUGGAGCUGUUGCUGGGGGAGAUCCCCGACCGGCUGCAGUUCCGACAGCCAUCCCUCAAGCGUUCACUCAUGCCCUAUUUCCUUCUGAUUCAAGCUGUCAGGACAGGAAACCUAGCCAAGUUCAACCAGGUCCUGGAUCAGUUUGGGGAGACGUUUCAAGCAGAUGGGACCUACACCCUAAUUAUCCAGCUGUGGCACAACGUGAUUAAGACAGGUGUGCGCAUAAUCAGCCUCUCCUAUUCCCAAAUCUCCUUGGCCGACAUCGCCCAGAAGCUGCAGUUGGAUAGCCCCGAAGAUGCAGAGUUCAUUGUUGCCAAGGCCUUCCGGGAUGGUGUCAUUGAGGCCAGCAUCAAUCAUGAGAAGGGCUAUGUCCAAUCCAAGGAGAUGAUUGACAUCUAUUCCACCCGAGAGCCCCAGCUGGCCUUCCACCAGCGCAUCUCCUUCUGCCUAGAUAUCCACAUGUCUGUCAAGGCCAUGAGGUUUCCUCCUAAAUCAACAACAAGGACUUGGAGUCUGCAGAGGAACGGCGUGAGCGAGAACAGCAGGACUUGGAGUUUGCCAAGGAGAUGGCAGAAGAUGAUGAUGACAGCUUCCCUUGAGCUGGGGGGCUGGGGAGGAGUCAGGUGAAUGGGGACAGGCUCUUUCCCCCUCGAGGGUCCCCUGCCCAGGGCACUGUCCCCAUUUUCCCACACAGAGCUCAUAGGCUGCAUUCGUGCAGGGGGUGGGGGUGCUGGGAGCCAGCCACCCCCAUCUCCCCCAGGGCCCCUCCCCAGCCAGUGACUGAUUGCACAGUGGGCAGGAGGGUGGGCAGGCGACCUCCCCGGGCAGGGUCCUGGCUAGUGGUGUGGGAGAAGGAGGGAAGGAUAGCCCUGUGCUCCUCUAGGGAGCAGGGGCCUAGAACUGGGAUGUCUUGGCUUGUAUGUUUUUUGAAGCUUCUAUUAUGAUUUUUAAACAAUAAAAAGGUCUCCAAAG